AUGCAGGCUGAGCCUUUGCACUUCCAUGAGGUGGCGGCUGUUGCAGCCGCUGUGCCUGCCGUUUGGUGCACAGCACUACUGGCCCUUCACCUGUCCAACAAGAUUCCUACGUUCGGGAGCGCGUUCCCGGACAACCAACAAGAAGGCUUCUGGGGCACACUGCCGUCGGCAUGGGAUCAUCCCGAGCCCAACUACUUGGUAAGCGGCGUUGUGGGCGAGUUCUGGAGCGUCUUGACAACCAUCCCAGUGGCCGGGGCGCUGCUAUUGUACCUGGGGCUGCGCUUUGGCUAUGGCUCGAAGGUGAUGGCGAUCUACGCGGUCACCUGUUGUAUGUACUCAUUAGCCUUCACUGCGCAUCUGACGCUUCAGAUGCACAUUUUCUCCACGACUGUGAUUGCAGUGAUGAGCAACGCGCUGCUAACCUUCGUGAUGUUCAGCCACGUGGUGCACAGAGCCUUGGAGAGCGUCCUUUUACGUGGGGCGAUUGUCAUCGCUGCUGAGACAGUGCUGGUGAGUACGGUCGCGACUCUGCCAUACAGGCUAGAGCAUGGUGGAGUCUGGACUUUGUUCAUAGUUCAGGCUCCUGGGGUCUUCUUAGCCACUGCUCUGGCCGGCAUCAUGGCCCGGACUUCAAACAGGGCUGCAGAGAAAGCCACGUACGGCUUGGUCACCACUGCUGGCAGUCUUCUGAGCUCAGCGAUGGUCUUGUCGCUCGUGGAGUGCCUUGUUGGCUUCGAGUGGGGUUUCAUCGAGAGAUUCUGGGGCUUCCCGUGGCUGCACAUAGCCAUCCACAUGCUGGAGCAGGUUGGCAUUUACGUUUUCGGUGUGGGCGUUGCCGCUCUGGAGGCCCUGCUGUUGCGGCCAGACGCCUUCCAGGGGGCAGAGGUGCGCUACCUCGGUUGGUUUGUGUAUUUGUAUUAUCCUGGAAAGUCCGAGCCUCUGGCCAGCUUGCUCAAGAAUGCUGGUGACGUGGCCUGGGCCCAAUGUCUCUUGGCUACGGUGGCCAUGACUGCCUCAGGUGCACUGCAAGUGUGCCGCUUGCCGGGUCAUGUCGUGGACAUCCGGAGCCCGGCAGAGUUUCGGCAGCUUGUCAAGACGCGUCUGAUGGCGGAUAUGUACACUGCGCACCCCUGCGACUUCCAAGAUCUUGGCUCCUUGUCUGCAGCUGAAUCGGACCUGAUGCUUUGCCUUCCUGCCUCGCUUCUGGUACGCGGUAUCUGUCUGAUUGGUUCCGACAUGGAAGUCGACGGCGCGGAGCGAGUGGAGACGCUGACUGCCGGUGAGCUGAAAGAAGAGAUCGAGAGGUGCCAGGACGUCCCCGCCUACCGGCAGGAGCUCAUUUGUGGGUCAGAAGUCUUGGCUGACAGCGCUUGCUUGCGACAGGUGGCAAAGUCACACGAUGUGGAGCUGCAGCUGGUAAUCCAAGACAGACGCUGUGGAAUUCACUUGGGCAAGCUUGUCGAUGGUGCUUACUGCAGUUCUGGAUGCUAUGGGACUGUGGACGGUGCCUUCCUUAUGAAGGGGGCGAAUGAGUACGUCAAGUGGCCGAUCCAGCUUCCUGGGAACUUUUCAGUGCACACUCGCUUCCGCGUGGCUCACUCGGAGUUGACUGCUGUGCUCUUUGUUUUUUGGGACACGGCGCCGAAGGGAGCCAGACAUCCUUACUUCCAGUCCCACCAGAUGGACUGCGACGGAAGCUGGCUCGACCAAAUAGGCUUUGUGGUGAACCGCCAGGGCAGCCACAUCCUGAAGUCUGGCGCACACUGGGGCUCCGCCGUCCUCUUUCCGGGGGAAGUCAUGGAGCCUCAAGAGUGGUGUGGAGAAUGGCACGACGUUUCUCUGGAGCGCCAUUCCGGCCAGCUCACGGUGACCGUUGAUGGGAAGACCGCGAUGACGGCCAGCAUGACGUGGCGUGUGGCAGCAGUUGGCCUACGUCCACAUCAUGAGUCUCGCAGUGCCAUUCAGAUCCAGCGUCUGAGCUUGGAUUCCUGA